AUGUCUGUCCAAAACACAAGUGGCGCUCUGACCUUGACCUUGAUCGACAACGUCACGCUAUGUUGUCUGCCACGGGUCAUGGGAGGUCAGAGGUCCGGGUUAAUCAGUGACGCUGUGUCGACCAUAGUCACGGAUCUCGUUCUACGGGUGGUCGUUCAAUUCGUGCUGGGCGUCUUUUGCAUCGGAGCCAACAUCAUCAACAUGACCGUCUUCAUCAAGAUCGGCUUAGAGGACAGUAUCACCGUUGCCUUUUUUGCCCUGGCCAUCUCCGAUUUGAUGUUUGUGGGGUUUUACUUAGCGGUCAGCGUCUUAGCCAUGUUGCAUAACGUAUUCAAGCUGCGGCAGUACGUUCAGUUUAAUUCUCUCGGAUUCCUGCUCGUCUGGUACAGCUAUGCCUUCUUCGAUGCCUCAGUGCUGAUCACCGUGUUCCUUGCAGUACAGAAGUGCGCAUGCGUAGCCAUCCCCUUAUUGUUUAAAAAGGUCUUCACUAAGUCCCGGAGCGUCGUUGUGGUAGUCGUCAUUUACGUAGGUACUUUCACUUGGUAUAUGCCCCUGCUCAGCCAGCAGGGAAUGAGAGAUAGGUUCGACCCACGGACAAACACGACGACUCUGAUCUACAAAUUCCCACCUCACAUUAAGCUGAUGCUGCAGUUAUUCAAGUCUGUCAGCCGGAGCGUGUUGCCAGGAGUUUCUCUUUCUCUCAUCAUCAUCUCCGUCAUCGUCCUCACCAUUAAACUCAAACAAGCCAGCAAGUUCCGAAAGGCUUCCGCCUCCCAUGGCAACAAAGACAACAACAAAAACUCCGACGCAUCUUCUACGAAACAAAACUCGAGCUCCAACAAAGAGCUUCGGGUUAUCAAAGCCGUGACCUUGGUUUCGACCAUCUUCGUCGUCUGUUAUAUCCCAAGCAUCGUUGUCUCUUGUUGCCAGAUCAUUUUCCCCGGGCUGUCCGACAAAGGAAGGUACAAAAACAUGAGGAGGCUUGUGGACGAGAUAAACAGCGUCCUGACUACGGUCAACUCGUCAGUGAACAUUUUCAUAUAUUUCUAUUUCAACACUCGCUACAGGGAGCAGCUAGUCGAUCUGAUUGCCCAGUUCCGUAGAUCUACAGCCAGAUAG